AUCAGGAAGAGGAUCUGGGUAACCACUGACGUUUGCCACAGAAAAAUAUCCACAGACUGUCAGUGUCUACGCAUGUGAUUGUUAUUCGUGGCACUGCAAGAUUCAGAAAAAAGGAUGUCUGUCACCGACGAUGUCCCGGAGCUGGACGGAGCAGAUCUUUUGGGAAUGCUCUUACAGGAUGGCAACACGGAAGACCCCUUUUUCUCCGAUGGAAACGCGUUGAUGGAGGACUGGUUUUCUGAGCAGGAUAUGCUGAAUGGCGUGGACACCGAGGACUUCCUGUCCAGCCUGCUAGGGGAGGACGACUGCGUCCCCUGUCUGUCCCACUCUCCUCUGGGUAGCGACAGUGGGAUCUCAGACGACAGCCACAACAACCCCUGCCAGAGCGACACAGACCCCGCCCCCAGCCCAGAGGCAGCAGACUCCGCCUCCAGCCCCGCCUCUCUUCCCGACACCCAGGCAGAGGUGAUGGAGGCAGUCGCAGAGGCGGUGCAGACAGACCACUGCUACUCCCGUCAGGAAGGGGGUGACAUUCUGGAGAGCGUGAGGUCGGAGAGGCCCGACACUGAUGUCUUCAUUGAUCUGGAUGACUGGGACAGCACAGAGGUGAUGCAGGACCAGUGUAAUGAAGUCCCCUGCACUCUUGCCAUGGAGGAGCCAUCACAAUGCGACAAAGCCAACCAGUUCCAGUUCCAGUUCCAGGAAAUAAUUUUGACAGAUGAAGAAAGAAGACUUCUUGCUAAAGAGGGUGCAUCCAUACCAUCACACUUGCCCCUAACAAAGGCUGAGGAGAGGACUCUGAAGAGGGUGAGAAGAAAGAUUCGGAACAAGCAGUCUGCUCAGGAGAGCCGGAAGAAGAAGAAGGUGUAUGUGGAUGGCCUGGAGAACAGGGUGGCGGUCUGUACUGCACAUAACCAGGAACUACAAAAGAAGGUCCAAAUGCUGCAGAAAGAAAACAUGUCUCUGAUUGAGCAGCUUAGGAAGCUGCAGGCUCUGAUGAAACUGACCACCAUGAAGACCACCACCACAAGCACCUGUGUCAUGGUGUUCCUCCUGUCCUUCUGUCUGAUCAUCUUCCCCUCGGUGAACCCCUUUGGGAGCAGCGGGGGUCAGAAGGAUGUUUACACCCCCUCGGGAGUGCUGUCCAGAACCCUUCGUUCCAUCCCAGAAAAUGUAGAAAGGCUCUCUUCCAUGGAGGUAGUUGAUGAAGAUGAGCUCCUCCUGGUGGCCAAGGUGGAAAAUAGCAAAGCCAUGCUCUCAAGCGGUCAGAACCACACCCCUGACUAUCAGAGAGUGGAGCGGCCAGAGUCCGAAUCUGGAGUCAACAGCAACUCGUCCUCAGACUUCCCGAACCCUGCCAACACAGAGAUGAAUUCUAUUGCGGCUGGUCCUGAGGGCCGGCGGGAUCCGUCAGUACCACCGGUGGACUACCAGGUGACCGGGACAAGGGAGAACUGGAUCGACCGGAAACCGACCUCCGUCAUAAUUCAGCAGCACCGAUCUGAUGAAAUGUAAAGCUAAAAAAAAAAUUUAAAAAGGGAUCGUUGUAAGGGGGGUGUAUUGUAAAAGUUUCGGCAGUAGGCCAUGUGUAUAUAUUGGAGUGGGUGGGGUUGGGGGUGAAUGGGUGAACACAUUCUUGGAUAGAUGUUUACUGAUGUUACCCUCUUAUCCUGGUGGACUUAGUCUUGUGUUCGCACUUUGUCAAUAUCUUUUUUUGUUCAUUCAGAGCCUCCUUCUGAUUGAUAAUGUUAAUUCCAUUUUUCCAUACCCUUGGAAGUAUAUAGAGUAUAUUGGCUGACAGACAAAUUACAUUGCACCUACUGUAUGGGUGUGAAGUAUAAUGUAUUAAGUAUAAUGAAAAAGUACUGGCUGGGCUUGUGAUUCCUCGCUUUUUUGUCCAAGCAGUGCAACACUUGGCUUUUAGAAAUUAUGCCAGUUUCAUUUUCCCUUGUAGCAAGGGUGUUCAUAGCGCUUUAGUCAGUCUAUCAUGUGUGUUUCUUUAUGAUUGUAGUAAAUUGUGCAUUCUUUCUUUUUUUACCAAAUCAUCUGUGGCUUCUUGAUUUUGUGUUCUCUGAAGCUUCAAUGACUGCGAAAUAUUUGAUAGUCAAGUCUAUGAAUGGGUUGGUUUCAAAAGAGGACAGAAACAUCACAUUAAUGGAUUCCAGGUGGUAUGUAAAACUUGUAUCUGACAAAAAUAUCCAGUAAACAUUUUCCCUGCAAGUGACAGUUAUGAACGGUUAAUUACUGAAUCAAAAAAAUAAAAUGUAAGUGUUAAUGAGUGUAAAUGUAGUUCAAAUAACACUG